CAAGACUGAAAUAUGCCUGGAUGAUUUGCUUUCACAAUGAAAGUGCGGCAUUUUGUAAUAGUUUUAUUGCUGGUGUCCAAUAUAACAUUUUCUUCAGGUUUUCUGGAUGUAUUCGUGGCUGCCGCAUCUGUGGUUUACACAUAUUUUGAACGGGAUGAUCUGCUGCCUUUUGACUCUAAACGUUUGGAGGAAGAUUUAAGAGAAAACUUCUUUGGACAGCACAUUGCGUCUAAUGUUAUAAGAAGAGCUGUGUCGUCAUUUAUGACUGACAGCAAACCAAACAAACCGCUGGCCCUCUCUUUCCAUGGGACAUCAGGAACUGGAAAAAAUCAUGCUGCUAAAAUCAUCGCAAGAAAUGUGUACGAAAAAGGGGAAGACAGCAAGCAUGUUCACACAUUUAUAUCUGAGCAUCAUUUUCCACACAAACAAAAGUUAGACUUGUACAGUGCACAGCUAAAGCAGUGGAUUCAUGAAAGUGUAUCACGUUUUCCCCGCUCCAUGUUUAUAUUUGAUGAAAUGGACAAGAUGCAUCCACAGCUGAUCGAUGCCAUAAAACCUUUUCUAGACUACAAUGCCCGUGUAGAUGGAGUGUCAUUCCGCAAGGCAAUCUUCGUAUUUCUCAGUAAUGCAGGUGGGGAUGUAAUUACUGGAGUGACUCUGGAUUUCUGGAGAGAAGGCAACAUUCGGGAAAACUUAUGGAUGGACAGCAAGGAACUGGAGAUUAAAAUCUCUCAAAACAUCUUCAAUGAUAAGAACAGUGGAUUUCUGCACUCUAAUAUCAUAGAUGAGCAUCUGGUUGAUCAUUAUAUUCCUUUCCUACCUCUGGAGCUGAAGCAUGUGCGUCAGUGUGUCAUGGUUGAGAUGGUCCACCUGAACGUCACCCAAGACUCUGAUCUAGCAGAUGAAGUGGCCAGAGACAUGCCUUACUUCCCUAAAGAAGAGAGAAUCUAUGCUGUUAAAGGCUGCAAGUCUGUCAGACAGAAGUUGGCGCAGCAUAUUGAUUAAUGGCAGCACAUGUUGUCCAGUUUACUGUUUAGACACACAGCUGAACAGUAAUGACCUUACACUACUCCAUUGUUUUUACUUAUUAAAAUUUCAGUCUU